ACCGGCUCGUACCGGCUCAUGCCGCCACCACAUGCCAGGAAACGCUACGGAGAAUCUUUCCUGCCAGCUGCUACUAGGGAAUACAGUGCCUCUUCCUUCCAACACACCCCCAUCACUCCAGGCACAACUCAGACGCACACAGCACGCACAGUGGAACACACAUCCAAGGGAGAGCAACCAGCCAUAGCCAUGGACUCUCUGAGCGAUGCCCUCAAGGCCAUCUCUGUAAGCACUGAACUCAUAGAUGAAGAGCUGAAGCCCCACUUGGACACUUUGCUAACAGUCCUUCAGGAAAAGAAGAAAGGUGCAGCGGAGGAAAUAGCUGCCAGUGGGAUCCUGCCCACACUCGCCCAAACCCUGAGGAAAAAGAGUCCUCUCACUCCACAGGUGGCCCUGGUGGUGGCAGAAAUGGCCAGGGAAGCUGCAGUGCGGGAGCGCUGCAUUGAGGCUGGCCUUGUGACUGCCCUGUUACCGCUGCUGAAGAGCUCCGACCAGGACCUACUGCUGCACACGGGCCGUGCAAUUGGCAGGAUCUGCUUUGACAACAUGGUCCAGCAGGAUCAAUUGGUUCAAAGUGGAGUCAUUCCCCGCCUGGUAGCCAUCAUGCAGGAGUACCCUGAGAACGACCCGUUAGUCAACGUCUGCCUGCUGGCUCUGUGUAACCUUGCUGACAUCGACUCUGCACGUGAAGCCCUCACAGAAGUGGGUGUGGCCGAAGUCCUGGCCACCCAGCUGGGACGAGCCCAAGAUGCAGAGCGCCGUCAUGUAAUCCUGGAGGUGCUGGGAUCACUGGGGGAGAGUGAUGUGCUGAAACUGCAGUUUGUUGAGUCAGGGGUACCCCAGGCCCUGUUGGAAAUGAUCAGAAGUCUUCAAGGAGGUUCUGACAACCAUGACCUUUGCAGCAUCAAGAUCGCCUCCAACCUCAUUGUGUCCCUCCUUCUGGGGGAUGAAUCCAUGCAGAAGUGUUUUGGUGACGGCACUGGUGCUGUGUACAAGGACAUCCUGUCCUGGCUGCAGUCCUCCAACACACAGCUGCAGCUAGCAGGGGCGCUUGCCAUUGCCAACUUUGCCAGGAAUGACAACAACUGUGUCAAGAUGCUUGAGCUGAGUGUGGUCCCUCACAUCCUGGACCUUUUGGAGCUUCACGUGGAUGAAGGAGAUGUAUCUGUCCAGCAUGCUGCACUAAGCGCACUCCGGAACCUCGCCAUUCCAGCUACAAACAAGGUACGAAUGCUGGAGGAUGGGGUGGCUGACCGGAUCCGGUCCCUGCUGCGAUCUGACAUGCCCCCAGUGCAGUUCAAACUACUGGGCACACUCCGCAUGAUGGUGGAUGGCCAGGAGGAAGCAGCGACAGUCCUGGGCAAGGAUGAGGUCUUGCUUGCCCGAGUCAUGGAGUGGUGUGAGGCCCGGGACCAUGCCGGAGUCAGAGGGGAGGCUAACCGCCUGCUGGCAGCGCUCAUCAGACACAGUCGCGCAUCAGAAGUGAUCUCUGCUGUUACCAAAGCAGACGGAGUACCACAUCUCAUCUCCAUGGCAACAAGCGAACACGUCAUCAUGCAAAAUGAAGCUCUGGUCGCUUUGGCAAUUGCCUCAGCGAUUGAUAUUGAGGCCAUGGAGGAGCCAUUUAGGGAGGCUGGCCUUGUGCCCACUCUUCAGAAGAUGCUGGAUGACCCCGUGGGGGCUGUGGAAGUCAAGUUCAGCACCAUUGGCCUCAUUUGCAGCUUGGCCAACUCAAGGUUACUGAAGGAAGAGAUGGAGUCUCUGAACAUGAAGGAGAGCCUAAGCAAGCUCUCCAGUCACACCAGCACCAAGCUGGCGACGCAGGCAGACUCAGUACUGGCUGUCCUCUCUGAGGCCAGUUAGACAGCCCCACCUGCACAGCACCACCCUACUGCUGUCAGCCUGAUCGCUCCCUGCCCUCACAGCAACAUCCUACUGCUGUAAAUCAAUCAGUGAGCAUCCAGCACCAUAUUAUUACCUCCAUCCUGACUGCUCCCAAUUUGCCUUUCGCCAUUUCUUCUGCCACUGACCUAAUAUAACAUGACGGGUCAACACCGUAAAGGGUACUGAAUGGGACCAAAUGCUCUCAGAGGAAUAUGGGUUAAAUGACAUCCUUCUAAAGAAAGGCCUAUGCUGAGGAAGUUCUGAGACGCGAUGAAAAAAUAGCAGGGCUCCUUUCAUUGCUAUCUGAUCCUGAGUGAAGCCCAUCAACCCAAACCCCCCCCCCAUUAACUGAGCAGACUUGGCUUCAGUAAUAAGCACAAGCUGAGUGGAAACCUUUUACUCAUUAUUCACACUUCAUUUUUCAGUUGUUCUCAUUUGUAGGGCACCGAAAUCGAGUUAGAAUAAAGAUGUACAUAUCAAAAGAUUAGCAGUCAGUAAAGACACACACUGGUGGCAAUUCUGUUGGCUGCAAAUCAAAAUCAGUAAGUUUCACCACGGUAUGUUGCGUACAUUACUUUCCUGUUUGUGAACAACACACGUUACAGUAGAGUCAACACAUUUCCUUUGUAUGUGACAUUAUUCCUGCUGAGGAGAACCCUUUCAGUUAAAUUUAAUUCCACAUUUCUCAUGUAUAAUGAUGCAAUUUUUCAAAUGAGAAAAUAUCAUUUUUUAAAACAAUGUUAAACUGAAUAACAAUCCACAUUCAACAUAAUUCAGCAGUAACUCAAAAACUUUUGCUGUUGCUUAGCAAUGUACAAAAAUUUAUGACAGUUCUUAAAGUUAUGCAAACUUUCCAAAGAUUUCAGUCACUGUCUACAGAAAGCUCUUCAGACAAUAUGAAUUUCUGGAUACUUUCUGAUCUAAGACCUGCAUUUGCGCCAUUCGGUAAUCAGAGUGAGUUUCCUUAUAGAAAAGAUGUGGGGAAAGAGAGAUCAACAUGUUCUGCAUCUGGGAACUAUAGCAAAAAAAAAAUUCACCAUCCAAGGAUCUAUUAUCAACAAUUAGAAGUCACAGGAUGUGAAGCUUUUAUAGCCAGUUUAUUCAUUUUGACAUUUGUAUUAUAAAAAAAAAAAAACUUACAUUCAAAGUCAGAGGUACAGUGUGUAAUAUUGUCUCUCCUUGAUGGUUACGCCAAGAAUGCAAAUGGGAUCGCUGAUUUCAUUUUUCAAAUAGUCUAUUUUAUGUUACUAAUAAAAAGAAAAAAUC